UUUUCUUUUGUUAUUCUAAUACCGAAUUUCUAUUUUGUUUGUCUGUUGCUCUCGCAUUUAAAUGACCGGUACAUCUAAUUCGCCAAUCACGGUCGCCUCGGCGCCAGGCAAGGUCCUCAUUGUAGGCGGCUACCUCGUGCUGGACCGCAACUACAGCGGUCUGGUGGUUGGCACCGACGCAUGCCUGUAUGCAGCGGUGCAAACACAGGCUGUGGACGUGGCCAACGGGCCAUACACCCUAGGUGACCAUAAAAUAAACAUUUCUGUACUGUCCCCCCAGUUCCAGUCGGCGUGGUGGAAGUACUCGUUCGAUAACAAGGACAACUCGCUGACCCAGUAUGCCAGUGCUGACAAUGGCGAAAACCCCUUUGUUCAGGUGGUUAUCCGAGUCGUCAUGGGACUGGUCAACCAACUCGCUCCGGGAAAACUCCAGGAGCUGCUCUCUCUGUCGUCGUCGUUGUCAUCGCCAAAGCGUGUGGGCCUGAAGAUCGUUCUUUCCGCAGACAAUGACUUUUACUCGCAGCGCGAGACACUGGAGAAGAUGGGAUUGAGCUUGGGGGCAGAGUCGCUGAAAAAGCUUCCGCGCAUGUGCGAGACCGGAACCACGCUGAGGGGAGUGCACAAGACAGGCCUGGGCAGCUCGGCAGCAAUGGUGACAUCGCUAGUGGCGGCCAUCCUAGUACACUUUGGCAUUAUCGAGCAGGCCGAUCUCCAGCCAGGCCAGGCCGGGUCGGGCAAGCGCGGGCGCAGCCAGCAGCUUAUUCACAACGUUGCCCAGUACACGCACUGUCUGGCACAAGGCAAAGUCGGGUCGGGAUUUGAUGUCUCGGCGGCCGUCUACGGAUCACAUGUCUACCGCCGGUUCUCACCGGAUGUCCUGGACUCUGCUAUGGGUGAAAACAUCGGUAUCGACGGGAUUGAGCAGGCAACAUCUCCGGAGAACCCCGGGUGGAACAGCGACGUGACUCCAGUGUCAAUCCCGCCGCGUUUUAUUCUCCGGUUGGCUGAUGUCGAUGCGGGAAGCAACACGCCCAGCAUGGUCAGAAAAGUGAUUCAGUACCAAAAGAGCAGCCCGCGGGAGGCCACGGCUCUGUGGAGCGCGCUUGAUGUCGCUAACACCAACAUCCGCACCCUUUGGGACCAUCUCACUGCCGCCGCCCACACCGAUAGCGCCGACUACAACCUGGCAGUUGACUGGUGCGCCACGCACAAGAGCUCCGAGUGGAAAAACGCGCCCAAAUUUGCCGAAAGCCCAUCGCACCAGUUGCUGGUCGAACUCGUUGAGGGAAUUCUGCGCGUGCGGGCACUGCAGAGACAGCUCGGGGACAAUGCGCAGGUUCCUAUUGAGCCCCUCGAGCAGACUAAGCUGUUGGAUGCCUGCAUGGAGGUCCCUGGUGUUUGCAUGGCCGCCGUGCCUGGCGCUGGCGGCUACGAUGCUAUAUUCUGCAUCACGCUGGGCGAGGCCGCGAGCAGUGCCGUUGCUGAACUGUGGUUAAGCUGGACAGAGAUGAGCGUCGGGCCCCUACUCGCCAACCAGGCAUCCAGCGGUGUACGCACUCUGGACCCGGAACUGUACCCGGAGAUCAUUUCGCAGCUGUAGAUUGAUUUUAAAGAAAAAUUGUAGAGCAAUAUGUUCA